UCUUUCUUUCUUCUCUCAUCUUAAUCCAAUUCCACCCCAGGGAAGAAGGCAAAGAUCCAAGCCAGCAAAGGAGAGGCCUCGAGAUACUGGUGGGGAGAGUUGGGGUCGAAACUGAGGGAAAAAGGCGAUCGCUCGCUCACUCUAUAGUGUUCUCCUCUCUAGGGUUUCUCUUCCUUCCCCCCUUCGUCUUGGCUCGAGAUCCUCCGGGCCAAGACUGGAUCGAUUUGGGGAAGGGCGGUGGCGGCGAUUUUAAUGGCGGAUUAGCUUCCGGAUUUGGGGUUUUUCUCCUGUCCAAGUUCGAUUAUCUUUCUUCUUUCUACUUCCAGAGGUUAAGAGGGUUAGGGGAGGUGGUAGAUGGCAUCGCCGAAGAAGGAGGGAUUCUUGACGGAUGAGCAGAGGGAGGUGCUGAAGAUAGCGGCACAGAAUGCGGACGUGCUGUCCUCGUCGCCCAGAUCGCCAACUACUUUGUUGUUACCGGAACACCACAACAAGGGCGGGCCUGGUGGGAAGGCUUCUCCUUGUAUGAGGCAUAUGAGGCGGUCGCACUCGGGGAAACUAGUGCGCGUGAAGAAGGAUGGUGCUGGUGGUAAAGGCACAUGGGGCAAACUCCUCGAUACUGAUUCUAACUCAUGCCUCGAUCGUAAUGAUCCAAAUUAUGACAGCGGUGAGGAGCCAUAUGAGUUAGUAGGUGCCACAGUUUCAACCCCUUUUGAUGACUACAAGAGGUCCGUACUGACAAUCAUUGAAGAAUAUUUCACCACUGGUGAUGUGGAGUUGGCUGCUUCUGAUCUUAAAGAUCUCGGUUCUGAUGAGUACCAUCACUACUUCGUUAAGAAACUUGUCUCGAUGGCCAUGGAUUGGCAUGACAAAGAAAAAGAAAUGGCAUCAGUUCUGUUGUCUUCUCUAUAUGUUGAUGUCAUCAGUUCAGCUCAAAUCAGCCAAGGGUUUGUCAUGCUUCUUGAGUCUGUUGAUGAUCUGGCCCUUGACAUAGUUGAUGCUGUUGAUGUACUUGCCUUGUUCAUCGCCCGUGCGGUUGUUGAUGAUAUCCUACCUCCUGCCUUCCUCACUAGGGUAAAGCGAACGCUCGCUGAGUCUUCUAAAGGAUUUCAAGUUAUCCAGACUGCUGAAAAAAGCUAUCUUUCAGCACCCCACCAUGCAGAGUUAGUUGAGCGACGUUGGGGUGGUAGUACUCACAUCACCGUUGAAGAGGUAAAAAAGAAGAUUGCAGAUUUGUUGAGAGAAUAUAUUCAGAGUGGUGAUACAGCAGAGGCUUGUAGGUGCAUAAGGGAGUUGGGGGUUUCAUUCUUCCACCAUGAGGUUGUAAAGCGAGCUUUGAUACUUGCUAUGGAGAUCCCCACAUCGGAGCCUCUUAUCCUAAAGCUUUUAAAAGAAGCAGCAGAAGAAUGUUUAAUUAGUUCUAGUCAGAUGACCAAGGGUUUCUUGCGGCUUGCCGAGAGUCUCGAUGACCUUUCUCUUGAUAUUCCCUCUGCAAAUGCCCUCUUCCAGCUGCUAGCACCGAGAGCAAUUUCUGAAGGAUGGCUCGACCCUUCCUUCCUAAAGUGGGCUAGUGCAGAUGGUGAAGGCGAAGAUGAAGAAAACAAGAAGUUAAGAAGGUAUAAGGAAGAAGUGGUGACAAUAAUACAUGAAUACUUUCUCUCAGAUGACAUACCUGAACUUGUUCGAAGCCUCGAAGACCUUGCCAUCCCAGAGUUUAAUUCUGUCUUCAUCAAGAAACUGAUCACGCUUGCCAUGGAUCGGAAGAACAGGGAAAAGGAAAUGGCAUCUGUCCUGCUAUCCACACUAAGUAUGGAAAUCUUUUCAAGGGAUGAUAUUGUUAAUGGAUUUAUAAUGCUUCUUGAGUCUGCAGAGGAUACUGCACUGGACAUUUUAGAUGCCUCCAAUGAGCUAGCUCUGUUUCUAGCUAGGGCUGUAAUUGAUGAUGUGCUGGUCCCCUUAAACCUGGAGGAGAUCAGCAGCAAGCUCCCACCUAAUUGUAGUGGAAGCGAGACUGUUCACAUGGCACGAUCUUUUGUUUCUGCUCGCCAUGCAGGUGAGAGGCUUCUGAGAUGCUGGGGCGGGGGCUCGGGUUGGGCGGUGGAAGAUGCGAAGGACAAGAUAGCUAAGCUUUUGGAGGAGUAUGAGACUGGUGGUGAUGUAAGGGAAGCAUGCCAAUGCAUCCGGGACCUGGGGAUGCCUUUUUUCAACCAUGAAGUCGUAAAGAAAGCAUUGGUUAUGGCAAUGGAAAAGAAGAAUGAUAGGAUUUUGGACCUGCUACAAGAGUGUUUCAGUGAAGGGUUGAUCACCAUCAACCAAAUGACAAAAGGGUUUUCUAGGGUGAGGGAUGGGCUUGAUGACUUGGCUCUUGACAUUCCCAAUGCGGAGGAAAAGUUUCGAUCAUAUAUAGAGCAUGGCAGGAAGCACAGCUGGCUCCUGCCAUCCUUUUCAGCAGCUGUUCCAUCUCCAGAUGCCACAGCCACUUGAAGCACCGAUUGAUUCUGCUGUGCAGGAUUUUUGCUUUUAGUGUUGCUGCUUGUGCUCUGUCAGCCGAAAAUGGGAGGCGUCACCAUAUCUUUUUAUGGUGUUUUACUGAGCAUUUCACAUCUAUACGCAGGGUAUGAGAUAGCUGGUAGCGGUUGUCUUUGGUUCUGGGGGUAAAUUAUGGUACGAGGAGAUGUUAGACAAAUGUUUUAUGUAUCGAUCUUGCCGUGAAAAAAAGUCUGGACCUAUAUAAAUUUGCGUUAAACCGAUCAUUCAGGAUUUAUACUUGCUGCUAUUUUAUUUCAAAUCCUUCUUAUGAUUAUCAUACUUAUGGAGGGUUGAGUUG